UCCACCCUCCUCCCUCAUUCUGUUCUCUGAUGUGUGGUAGAUUAACAUGUGUGAUAAGCAGGUAUAUUAAAGGGACUGAUACACUGUAGGGAGUUAGUUUGUGCACAGACACAGAACAGGAAGGAGCACACAUCAGAAUACAACAGCUGGUUUCACAUUUUUUGUUUGUUUCAUUCAUUUCCUUCCCACGUUCUAAAAUGUGUAAAGGACUGUCCUCCCUUCCCUCGUCAUGCUUGGAGAAAGCAAAGGGGAUGCGGGUGAAGUUGAGUCACCUGGCUGACAAACAGGAGUGGACACAUCACAAACACAGGGUCCAUGAGGACAGGACUCUUCAGGAUCUGGAGUCUCUACUCAACAGCAAGAUUGGCCAGAAAGCUUUCCUCUGGUUCCUGCAGUCUGAAUUCAGUGAGGAGAACCUGCAGUUCUGGUUGGCCUGUGAGGAGUACAGGGUUACCCCCCCAUGGCAGCAGGGGGCCAAGGCCCAGUCUAUGUACUGCCAGUACAUCAACCCUGGUUCACCACAGGAGGUGAACCUGGAUGCUGAGACAAGGGAGGCUCUACUGAGAGUGAUGGAGGAGCCUGCAGGCGACACAUUCCACGAGGCCCAACAACACGUGUACCACCUGAUGGCCAAAGACUCUUAUCCUCGCUUCCUGCGCUCCCCACACUGCCUGGAGUCCCUUAGGGUUCCUUAGAUAUUCCACAGCGCCACCUGCUGCCCCGGUGGACCACACAACAUAAUAACAAGCUGUGUUUUAUAACUACAUUAGAAUUGAUAUCAUUUAUAUUUAUACUCAAGUCUUAGUUGACACUCAUAUGUGAGUUGUAAGAUGUUUGUGUUUAUCAUAAAUAUGGUAUAACUAUGGUAUAUGUCCAUGUAGCUCUUAAUCAAGUGUUUUGACAGGAAAUGAGAUCAUGAGUAUUCUAGUCAAAUCGGUCACAUACACAUAUUUAUCAGAUGUUAUUGGUCCAUACACAUAUUUAGCAGAUGUUAUUGGUCACAUACACAUAUUUAUCAGAUGUUAUUGGUCCAUACACAUAUUUAGCAGAUGUUAUUGGUCCAUACACAUAUUUAGCAGAUGUUAUUGGUCACAUAUUUAGCAGAUGUUAUUGGUCCAUACACAUAUUUAGCAGAUGUUAUUGGUCACAUACACAUAUUUAGCAGAUGUUAUUGGUCACAUAUUUAGCAGAUGUUAUUGGUCCAUACACAUAUUUAGCAGAUGUUAUUGGUCCAUACACAUAUUUAGCAGAUGUUAUUGGUCCAUACACAUGUUUAGCAGAUGUUAUUGCGGGUGUAGAGAAAGGCUUGUGUUCCUAGCUCCAACAGUGUGGUAGUAUCUAACAAUUCACUGAGUAACUAGUCUUACUAGAUGCUCUUAUGUAGAGGGAGUUAUAACCGUGUUACUAUUAGCAACGUGUAUGUGCCCAGGAUUACGUGUAUGUGCAGAGUUCAUUGGAUCGCAUGCUGAAGUAGGUUAGGGCUGUACAUUUCCACUAACUUUCCAGAAAUCCUGCUGGGAAGAUUCCCUGUCAUUUGAAUGGAGCUCCUCCGAUCUUUCCUGUCUUCUCUCUACUGUUCUCCAUCUGUCCAAUAAAACCAGCAAAAACACAGCUGAAAAAGCAA